GAACAAAAUAGGUUUAAUGAAAACUAUGAAAAAUGUCAAAAAAGGUUUGCAUCAUUGGUUCUGGAAAAUGGGGAUCGGCAGUUGCUAAACUAGUUGCUGAAAAUGUUUCUUCCUCAUCAACUUUUAAUAACGAAGUCAAGCUUUUUGUUUAUCAAGAGUUAUUUAAAGGACGAAAACUAACUGAUGUCAUAAAUCAUGACCAUGUUAACCCUAUGUAUCUGCCUGAUGUGACAUUACCCUCAAAUAUUCUGGCAGUUCCUUGUCCUCGAGAAGCAGCAAAGGAUGCAGAUAUAAUCAUCUUUAUUCUUCGACAACAGUUUUUAGGAAAUAUAUGUGAACAAAUGCAAGGUGGAAUCAAACGUGAUGCAUUAGCAAUAUCAUUAACAAAGAGUUUAUACCAUGGUGAAAAAGGCAAUGAAGCAACAGUAGAAUUAAAAUGUGCUUCAGAUGUCAUUUAUGAAAAACUUAAUCUAAAAGCAAGUGUUCUCAUGGGACCAAAUUUAGCAGACGAAAUUGCAAAAGAAAAAUUUUCCGAGACUACAAUAGCUUGUCCUGAUAUGGAGCUGUGGACAAUGUGGAAAGAAUUAUUUCAUUGCAAAUAUUUUAAUGUCAAAUUCUCAAAACAAGUUAAAGCAGCAGAGUUGUGUGGUGCAUUAAAGAAUGUUGUUGCUGCAGCUGCAGGACUAUCUGAUGGUCUUGAUUGCGGUAAAAAUUCCAAAGCAGCGAUCAUUCGUCUGGGGUUUCUUGAAAUGAAAAAGUUUAUCAAGCAGUUCAUUGAAAAUGUUGAUGAUGAAAUCUUUUGGGAACCAUGUGGUUUUCCUGACCUUGUUGCAACGUGUUAUGGCGGCAUGACUAGACUAGUGGUGGAUGCUUAUGUCAAAUCUAAUAAGACUCUUAGGGAGGUGGAAAUUGAGUUAUUCCAUGGCAAUUACCUAGAAGGACCAAUAAAUGUUAAACAAGUAUAUGUGUGGUUAAUCAACCGUGGUGGAGUCGAGGAGUAUCCACUGUUACGUGCAGUUUAUGGUGUCUUCCACGAAAACAAGCCUUUCCAAUAUUUUGUAGAGUCUUUAAAAAGCAGUUUUUAAAUUUUACUUUUAAAAAACUAAAAAUGAUCGUAUAUAUAUAUAUGUAAAUUUAAUAUGACUAAAGUGUAACUGAGAAGAGUAUGAUUUAGAAGAUAUGCACGUAGAAAAGUCUUGUUUAUAUAUUUAUAUGGUAUA